UUAUGCACCAACUCCUGUUGAACGCAAAAACUAACACUUCAUUCGUCUCUCUCUCGCCUGACAGCUGUUCUCAUUCCUCACUGACAAACGUCCGCCAACUAGCAGCCAAAAACGUUGCCGGUCUCACGACGACGGCGGAGUUUCUGCCGUUCUUCAAGGUGAAUGGGUGCAAACCCGUGAAGGACCUGAUGAGAUUGGUCAAGGGAGAGUCGAUCGCAGCCCACGAUGCCCUGAGCUCACUGAUAAAUCUGUGUGUUGACCCUGUGUUUGUGGAAGUGAUGGAUAACGAGGAUUUCUUGUUUGAUCUUAUCCUCAUGAUUGUGCUCCCACGAAACGUCGUAGCAGAUCUGUGCUGCAUGCUUCUUAACAACCUCUCCGAAAACAACUCGGUCGCCCGCAAACUGGUCGCGGACAUCUCCCGCAGCGCCUCCGAAACGAACAACAUGCCACUUAACGCCCCCACCAUCCCCACACCCACCGGACAACCCACCACCACCCCUCAAUCCCAACAACCGGCCACAAAACUCAAGACCCACUACCUCGACAACCUCCUCGAAGUCUUCGUCCGCGGCGAAGGCAAGACCUACAACCCCAACGCCACCUACGACUUCCUCGGCGGGGUCCUGGCCAACGUCGCCAUGACGCCCGCCGGCGCACAAUGGUUCCGCGGGCGCACGGGCGUCGACGGGACACUGAGACUGAGUAAAGUCGUGGCGUUUGUGGAGCAUCCGAAUCGGAUACGACGGGCGGCGGCGAUUGCGACGAUCAAGAACACCGCGUUUGACCCGGCGGGGCAUGAGUUGUUGUUGACGGAUGGGGAGUUGGAUUUGUUGCCGUAUUUAUUGUUGCCGAUUUGUGGGCCUGAGGAGUUUUCGGAUGAGGACAUGGAGGGCAUGCCCGACGACCUUCAACUUCUCCCCUCCACAAAGACCCGCGAACCCGACCCAAAACUCCGCACCGCCCUAGUCGAAACUCUCCUCCUCCUCACCCAAACCCGCAAAGGCCGCGACAUCCUCCGCGCCAAAAAAGUCUACCCCGUCAUCCGCAACCUCCACGCCGCUGAGCAGGACGAUGGUGUGCAGGAUGUUGUGGAACGGUUGGUGCAGAUGAUUAUGCGGGAUGAGGAGGGGGAGGAUGUGAGGGACGUGCAGAUGCCGGUGCCCGAGGCGAAGCGGAUAAAGCUGGAUGGGGAGGCGGAGACGCAGGCGAAGGAUAGGAAGGAGUUUGUGAUCGAGGAGUUAUCGGAUGAUGAUGAUGACGAUAUGGCGAUUGAGGGGUUGGUUUGAUUGCGUACUGUAGUGGAAGCGUCGCAAAGUUUGAGAAUCUUUCAGGGCGUACGGCUGCAGGGUUAGACAGAUUAGGUAGACACAUUCUUUAUUCAUUCCCACGAUUUUGCAUACUAUCAUUUUUCCAUUGGCGACUACAAGAUAGCCUUU